UCCCCAGGGAAGACCACUGGCUAAUGGACUCCCUCUUAUUUCCCUUACAGGCCAACGACCUUCAAGCGAAACACUGAGCCAAUUGCUCAAAAACGCCGCGACAGUAACACGCGCCCAAGCGUUACUUUUGCAUGCAAACCAACUUGCACACGCACACACACCACUAAAGGCAAAAUAUAGUAUUAGCUGAGCCUUCAUGGGUUUCAACGGCAGUGUACUCCUGGCUCAAAAGGAUGGAUGUCGUGUUUUCUAGUGGAUGUUAAUGAACUAGCCACAGCUCUCCUGGCUUGUGAGGUGACCUGUUAGGAUGGUUGGAGGUGACCUCCGGGAAGCUUAAAGGUCAUCUACAGCAACGAGACCCCAGAAAGAGAAAGGGCAAGAGAGAGAGGGGGAGGAAAAGAGAUGCCCAUCCCUCAGACUCACUGACCCCACCGGCUUACUGACCGGCCAGACCGGUGUCAUCGCUGGCCUGCCAUAGAAAAUCGAUGAGGAUUUAAUCCUGCGUGCACUGUGAUAAAAACUCCGAAUGACCACCGGAGUAGCUGCUGGUGGACCUGGGGCUGAGAAUCCCGAACACGGCGCUGUGCUGUCUUUUGAUAAUGGCGCUAUCAUGGAUGGAUUAAUUGUUCAUUGAGGGGCAGAAGUAAACACCAUAAAGCACCAGUGUUUGCGCUGAACAGCGAAUGGGUCUAUCUGGCUGGAGACCACAGUCAAUAUCUCCCCAUAACCGCCUAAUGCUUUAUGGGGGAGAGAAUCUGACCUUUGCUGUUGUGUGUAUUUUCUGAAAGCCCUGUCAUUGGGGGAAUUAUAAAUAUCAUAAACAGUGGACAGACUGGGUAGUCCCCCGGUCAACGUGCUUAUCUGCCUUUACUUUCCUCAUCAUCUAAUACAAUCAAGAAGAAAGAGAGAACGUGAGAAAGAGAAAAAAAGAAGAAGAACACUGGUCUUGGAAUAGGAGCCUAUACUGAUCUUUUCUAUUGAGUGAAGAGUGACCAGAUGCUGGUUGGGUUGCGAACAGGUGUGCCACUGAGUGGAGUACAGGUGGUGCGUCGUUCCGCUGAAGAGGCCAUGCUGGGAUUGGAUAACCCAGCUGGAUCCUGUCAAGAUGUCUGUGGCCCACACACCAAGCCCUGGGGUGUAGAUUGAGCCCAGGGGAAGGGAUAAUGCAUGUUCCCCCUGCGCUGGAAGAAGCCACCAUGAGCAACGUCACUGUGCACGACAACACUGAGUCCGUCGUCAGUCCCAACAUGAACCUGGCCGCGAGCGCCACCUACCCCGUCAGCUUCCAGGUGUCCCUGACGGGCUUCCUGAUGCUGGAGAUCGUGCUGGGCCUGAGCAGCAACCUGACCGUGCUGGCCCUCUACUGCAUGAAGUCCAACCUGGUCAACUCGGUCAGCAACAUCGUCACCAUGAACCUGCACGUGCUGGACGUCAUCGUGUGCCUGUGCUGCAUCCCGCUGACCAUCGCCGUGGUGCUGCUGUCGCUGGAGGGCGACGUGGCGCUGGUGGGCUGCUUCCACGAGGCCUGCGUCUCCUUCGCCAGCGUGGCCACGGCCGCCAACGUGCUGGCCAUCACGCUGGACCGCUACGACAUCUCCGUCAAGCCGGCCAACCGCGUGCUGACCAUGGGCCGCGCCGUGGCCCUGCUGGGGGCCAUCUGGGUGCUGUCCUUCCUCAGCUUCCUGGUGCCCUUCGUGGAGGUGGGCUUCUUCGGGCCCGAGCCGCAGCCCGACCGGAACCAGACGGCGGCGACGGCGACGGCGACGACGGUGGACGCGGGCGAGCAGGACUACGGGGCUCUGGGCCUGUACUACCACCUGCUGGCCCAGAUCCCCAUCUUCAUCUUCACGGCCGUGGUGAUGCUGGUGACCUACUACAAGAUCCUGCAGGCGCUCAACAUCCGCAUCGGCACGCGCUUCCACAACUCGCAGAAGAAGAAGAAGUCGCGGCGGAAAAAGAACAUCUCGCUGACGGCCACGUCGCAGCACGCGCCGCCGCAGCAGCCGGCGCAGACGCAGGCCGAGCCCGCCGACGCCUCGCAGAGCGUCAGCCGGCUGCCCGCGCUGGGCAUGCGCACGUCCGUGUCGGUCAUCAUCGCGCUGCGACGCGCCGUCAAGCGCCACCGGGAGCGCCGGGAGAGGCAGCGGCGCGUCUUCCGCAUGUCGCUGCUCAUCAUCUCCACGUUCCUGCUGUGCUGGACGCCCAUCACGGUGCUCAACGCCGUCAUCCUGAGCUCCGGCCUCAGCCGGCUGACCCUCAAGCUGCGGCUGGGCUUCCUGGUCAUGGCCUACGGCACCACCAUCUUCCACCCGCUGCUCUACGCCUUCACGCGGCAGAAGUUCCAGAAGGUGCUCAAGAGCAAGAUGAAGAAGCGCGUGGUGUCCAUCAUCGAGUCCGACCCGCUGCCCAACAACGCCGUCAUCCGCAACUCGUGGAUCGACCCCAAGAAGAACAAAAAGGUCACGUUCGAGGACCACGAGGCCAGGCAGAAAUGCUUGUCCUCAGUGGACAUGGAUUGAGUGACGGACAUUACAUACACUCUCUGCUUUUCAGAAACUGACCGACACAAACAGUGUUCUCAUCAGGAAACAAAAAGGGAAGACAUUUAUCAAAAAGGUGUCAUGCAAAUACGUGUGUAUCAAAAGUGUAAAAGAGAAAUAGACAGAUUAUUUAUUACUAUUUAUUCUGACUUUAUGACAGAGUAUGGUAGAUUUCAUAGAGUUGUUCUAUAAUUUAUGCUGUAGAUAAUGCAUGGCUUUUUGUAACUGUAGAAAUCUACUUUGUGUACAUAGACUAUUUGUAUAUAUCAUGAAUAAAUACAUAUAUUAGGACUGUAAGUGAUGUA